AUGUUCCGGACGCUGCAGCUGCUGCGCCGACCCGCGACGGCGAGCUUCGCCUCCAGCGCCAUGUCGUACAAGAUGUCGCUGUCGAUGCAGGAGCAGUACGCCAACGUGGCCCACGCGCUGCACGAGCUCACGGCCGCGAGCUCCGACUAUACGUGCCCACCGCGCGGCGUCUUCCUCGUGCCAUCCGAAGCGCCGUGGCCGAUCGAGGCCCGCGGGCGCGAGCUCUACUUUAGCCACUUUCGCGUGGCGUACCGGCGCAAGCACUUGGCUGCCGACAUUGUUGCGGCCAUGGACGACAUUCGCUUCGUCUGGAACCCGUGGGCGCAUCGGUGGACACUGACGCUAACGGCGCUCGAGACCUUCAAGGCGCUGCAUGGCCACCUCCUCGUGCCGGGCCAGUACGUGAUUCCGCAUAGCGCACCGUUCCCGCGAGACGUAUGGGGCAUGCAGCUCGGGUACACGGUCGACAAUCUUCGAAGGCGGGCCAUCUCGGCCGACAGGCGCGACGAUCUCGAUGCGAUUGGUUUUGUGUGGGACCAUCCCGAGCACGCGUGGCGCCUCAAGGUCGACGCUGUCGUACACCAUUACGCUCUCUACGGUCACACGGCCAUUGACAAGGCCUAUGUCGUGCCAUACGACGCGGCUUGGCCGACGGCCAUGCACGGCCUCAAGCUCGGACAGAACGUCAACUACAUGCGCUCGCGCAAGCACGAAGUGAACGAAGACGACAAGGCUGCGCUCGCGCACACGGACUUUGACUGGGACCCGCGGUCGUCGGCGUGGCGCAUCAAGCUCGCCGCCCUCACGACGUACAUCCGCCUGCAUGGCCACUCGCGCAUCACCCACCGCUUUGUUGUGCCGGUGGGCGACGCGGCGUGGCCGCCCGAGACGUGGGGACUCGCGCUCGGUGCGGCCAUGCCGUACCCGGACCGCGUUGCCGCACUGGAUACGCUCGGUGUCAAGCGUAUCGAGACCCCGCCUGCGCAAGGUCAGAAGUAA